AUGUCCAAGCGCAAGUCCUCGGACCAGCGCGUUUUCGCACUUCUGGGCGGCGGCCCUGCAUCUCUGGCUGCCGCAGAAACGCUGCGCCAGGAAGGCUUCACCGGUCGCAUUGUCAUGGUCACCCGGGAGCCGCAUCUACCGUAUGACCGAGUACAGCUUUCCAAAGCGCUGGACAAGCCAGUAGAAAAGCUGCUGCUUCGACCAGAAAGCUUCUACAAGGAUUACGACAUUGAGGUCGUUCGAAACGCUUCCGUCACCAAGCUGGACACCAAAUCGCAGAACGUGCACUAUACCAACGGCGAUGCUCAAAAGGAAACGCUCCACUACGACAAAGUUCUGGUUGCCACGGGGGGUACCCCCCGGAAGCUUUUCGUACCCGGCUCCGACAUGAAGAACAUCUUCACGUUGAGGACUCCCGAAGAUGCGGCGAAGAUCGCGCAGUUGGCCAAAAAGGGGCAGAAGAUGAUUGUGGUAGGUGGGUCUUUCAUCGGCAUGGAGGUGGCUUCUUCCUUGGCCAAGAAGGGCUGCGAUGUGGCAGUGAUCGCCAUGGAGUCGGUGCCCUUUGAGCGUGUGCUGGGCAAGAAAGUCGGUGCAUCUUUCGCCCGGAAGCUCCAGAAGGAAGGGGUGGAGUGGUUUGGCACGUCGCAAGUUCGCCUCUUCCGUGGCAACGAAGCUGUGAACGGUGUGGAGCUCGAAGAUGGAGAGGUGCUUCCCGCCGAUGCGGUGGUAGUGGGUGCUGGUGUGUUGCCGAACACCCGUUUCGUCGAGGGCUUGUCGCUGGACAAAAACGGAGCCAUCGUCGUGAACCCGCUGUUGCAGGCAGAAGCUUGCGACAACCUCUUUGCAGCUGGUGAUGUUUGCGCCUAUCCUGCCAUUCGCACUGGGCAGCGCGUGCGCAUUGAGCACUGGGACGUCGCGAUGCAGCAGGGCCGUGUGGCCGCGCAGAACAUGCUCGGGAAGUUCCAGCCCUUCACGACGACGCCCUUCUUUUGGUCAGGGCUCUUCGGCAACCUGAACCUGCGCUUCGUCGGACAUGCGCCCGAAGCCCUGGAUCGCGUCAUCAUCGAAGGUGAUGUAAGCAACAUGGAGUUCAUCUCAUACUACACGGAGGACGACGAGAUCCGAGCCGUGGCGACGGUCAACAAGGACGGCGCUUGCGUAGAUUCGGCCCGAAGCAAGGGAG